AUGGCUCCAAGUGUUAGAAGAGGAUCACGAAGGGGAGGACGGAGUGGUAUGACUACAAGAUCCAAUAAAAUUACAAGUGAGUCUCAUUCUAUUGCACCAUCAUCUUCAUUAGCACCAUCAACUAGUGUAGCACCUCCUAAUUUGAGUGCUCAACAAGCACAACAAGCACCAACAACUGAUCCACCAACAGUAGAACCACCGUUAGUAGACCUACAUAUUCAUUCAAGUGAGAAAGCUAGAAACCCUAUAGCAAAACGGGGGCCUACUUGUGGUCAUGGUACUAAGGUACUUAAGAAGUCAGCUAAGUCGUUAACUGUAACCUUCGACUAUAAACUUAAUCAAGCUAUUUGUGAUAAUGCUGAGCGAUUCAACAAUGAGAUUGGAUUUAUAGUUCGCCAAUACUGUAGUUUUCAGUACAAAGAAUGGAGGCUUGUACCUCCAGAAGUUAGAGCUCCACUUCGUGCUCGACUCUUGAAUACAUUUGAUAUUGACAUUGAAGAUGAGAAAGUCCAAAAAGUUAUUGAUGGGCAGAUGCAACGAGCAUGGAGAGGCCACAAAUAUAAAUUGCAUGACCAUUUCAAGAAAGUUGGUGGUGAAAUAGAUCCAACGAAGGCCAAGAAUGAGUGCCCUAGAGGAGAAGUAUCUCAGCAAGACUGGGAAUAUCUUUGUGAUCGUUGGUCUGAACCUAGCUUUUUGGAACUAUCAAAGAAGAAUGCAGACAGUCGUUCCAAAAGGAAGUGGGACUCUAGAAAUGGCUCAAAGUCUACCGCACGUCAUCACAUAUCACGUGGAGUAGAUUUAGAUGCUAGCAUAGGACAUAUUGAGACUUGGCGCCUUCGUCAUUGGCAUAAAGAGAAUGGAUGGGAAACUCCAGAGCUGAAGGACACAUAUGAAAAAAUGAUACAGUUAAGGCAAGAUAACCCUCCAGAGAAGAUGUCUGACAAGGAAAUUUUAGAACAGGUACUUGGUCGACACUCUGUUCGUUUGUUUGGGUGGGGUCGAUCUCCUAACAUAUCCGAGACAACAAAUACUAGUAGCGAUCCAGAUCGUCCUAGUUAUUCUCGACUCAUGGAGCUUUAUCUUGAUUUACGAGGAGAGCUUGACACUAUGCGACAAGCUUUAAUUGCAAAGGAAAUCAUGUUACCUUCAACAAAUACACAUGCAUCUGACCAUAGUUCAGGACCUUCAAUGAACCCUACUCCUUUCAGAAAUAAUCAAGACACACCUUGCCAACCUAGUUCAGAGUUUAUGGGCGAGAAUGUGUAG